GAGGAGGAAGAGAUUGCAGAGCCGGAGAGAGGUGGGAGGGGAUGGCGUUCUGGGGGACUAGAGUGAUGGAGAUAGUGAAGAAGCACGACUCCGGCGGCCUCGUCUGGAAGAGGAUCAAGCUCACCUCCACCCGCAAGGCCAACGCCAAGAAGCGCCUCCUCCGCGUCUGGCAGAAUGAGGCUGUCCUCAAGGCAUGUUCAGAAGCACCUCCCUCGAAAACUUCUGGGCUUGCUGCUGAUACUACUGCGAGAUCAGAGGGAAAGAGUAGUCAAGUUGGCAAUGGAGAAUUGUAAGAAAAUUAUGUUUGAAGCAGUGCUACUAAUAUGUGGCCUACAGAAAAGAAUCAUCUUUGCCUUCUAGUUCCUUUUUUUUUUUUUUUAAUUGACCAUAUGGAGCUCAUACAGUUGCAGUGGUUCUAUAAAACUUAGUUGCAGGUAAAACCUCCUUGAGGGCUUUAAUCAUUUCUCAUCCAACUUUUGAUGCUUGGUGCUUUUACCUUCUUAAGUCUCUGAAUGCCAUCAUCUUCAUUCCUCCUAGCAUCUGAGCAUUUCUAAGAGACCAUGCACGUCUGAUUGACCAUGCUAUCAUACGUUUAUGGAAGUGAGUAUUUUGUUUUCUUUCAUAGUUAAUUCAAUUGCAGGAAGUUUUUGUUUGAAUAUACAUGUCAGUAGACUAUGUCACUUUGUCUGUACGUUGUGUUCCCCUUAUUCCAAUGGAUACUGAUACCGUUGCUUUGA